AUGGACCCGUUUGAAGCGCGCCUAAAGUUUAUCAACCUUCUCAAGAACCUCACGCCGUCACACCAGUCGCUCACCCGCGCCGCUGCCUUUGCGAUGGCUAACGCAGAGCUCCAGGAGGACUUUGUUAAUUGCAUUCUCGAGUCCCUAGAGGCCACCGAUCUCAAUUGCCGCGCUAAUAUCUUCUCCUUCAUCGACGUGUUGGUGUUCCAGGCUGUGGCAGACAAGAGCUACGACCCCCAGACGGCGUAUCCCUACAUCGCGCCGCUCCUCCCCAAGAUGCCCCAAUGCCUCGAGCUAGUCUUGCCCGCGGGGCCGAACGCUUUGAUCAAUUUGCAUAGCACAUACGUCACAAUCAAGAACAUCUGUAAGCUCCUCGCGUGGGACUGCUCGUUCUGGAAUGAGCAGUACAACGCAAGGUUGACGGAUGCAGAUAUGGAGCGGAUCGAGCGGAAGGCGCCGUUUGAAAACGCCAUCAACCAGGGUAAGGGACUAGAUGGUGCGUGGCAGGUCUUGCUUGAUCGCAAGCGACAGGGAAAGUAUGAGCGUGUGUGGCUUGUAAAGCAUGGCGAGUUCAGGCGCGAACCAGAGUCUGAGCCCUCGUUGCGAUUGACCAAGGAACAGAUCUUGUUGCGCAUCGAGGCGGACCGCGAGAGAAAUAAGCGUGCCAAGGAGAGCUUGUGGACCGUCGACCGCCUUGAGGACGGGAUUUCAGUGGCAGAGUUCCGCAAGGUGUACGACAGCCACGGCGCGUUGAACGACGAGGAUCUCAAGGAGCUUGACGAAAUUAAUGCCACCGCGGAAGAUAGUUAUCUGGUUGCACAGUUUUAG